AUGUCGACUCCAGAAGUUGAAGAAUGUGUAGAGCACGCUAUCAGAUCUGGCUACAGAAUGGUGGAUACUGCUCAAGUUUACAGGAAUGAAAGAUACGUCGGAGAAGCGUUGAAAAACUGUGAAAAUAAACAUGGGAUUGACAGGUACUGUAUUAUUGAUAAACUUUUAGGAUAAAGUUUAAAAGAAUUGACUUAAUAUUACUAUUUAGACAUGACAUCUUCCUGAUCUCAAAGUUGCAUCCAAAGAACAACGGAGAAAAGGCCUACGAGUCUGUGAAGGAAUCCUUGAAGGCGUUAGAGGUAGAUUAUAUUGAUUUGUUUCUCAUUCAUUGGCCUGGGAAGACCAAGUAUAGAGCAUCUGACAAAAGGAACGAACAAGCUCGCGAGCUGGCGUGGCGAGGGUUGGAAAGAGCUUACGGUAAUUGUGCUGUAUAAGUGACUGGUUGUCUUGCAGAUGAAGGGUUAGUAAGAGCUAUUGGAGUGUCAAACUACGAGGUAUCUCACUUGAAUCACUUGUUAUCCUUCUGUAAAGUGCAUCCAGCUGUUAAUCAAUGCGAAUUCCAUCCGUUAUAUCGACCGUUCGAUGUCAUACAGUGGUGUCAAAAGAACAAUGUACAUUUUCAAGCUUAUUCUUCGUUGGGAACGUCUGAUUCAAAGGCCUUGCUGAGCAAUGAUAAGAUGUUAAAUAUGGCAAAAGAACUGGAUUGCACUGUAGGACAACUAUUAUUGGCCUACGCUUUAAAUCAAGGGAUAUCAGUGCUACCUAAAAGCACGCGAUUUGAACAUAUUGAGGAGAAUCUCAAGGCAAAAGAAGUCAAGUUAUCGCAAGAUCAGCUACGAGAAAUGGAGAUUAUGAGUGAGAAGAAGUUGUGUUGGGAUCCUAGCAAAGUAUGUUGA